GAGAGCGUGAGCAGCGUCUUACUCACAAGGGCUCUGCCUCUAUGACGUCACUGUUGGAAAUUAACCAAUGAAAACGCAGUACUGUUCGAGUCUCAUUUGCAUAUCGGCCCUAUAAGUAGCUCACAACCAAGUCGCUGGUAAUCGCGGUUGGUUCAAUUCGUGAGAGGUUCCUCCUUCCGAAGAUGCCGGACCCAGCGAAGUCUGCUCCUGCUCCCAAAAAGGGCUCCAAGAAGGCUGUGACCAAAGUGCAGAAGAAAGAUGGCAAGAAGCGCAAGCGCAGCCGUAAGGAGAGCUACUCCGUGUACGUGUACAAGGUGCUGAAGCAAGUUCAUCCGGACACCGGCAUCUCAUCCAAGGCGAUGGGCAUCAUGAACUCCUUCGUCAACGACAUCUUCGAGCGCAUCGCCGGCGAGGCGUCCCGCCUGGCGCAUUACAACAAGCGCUCCACCAUCACGUCCCGGGAGAUCCAGACGGCGGUGCGCCUGCUGCUGCCCGGCGAGCUGGCCAAGCACGCCGUGUCCGAGGGCACCAAGGCCGUCACCAAGUACACCAGCUCCAAGCUUUAUUCUGCCCUUCCAGAAGAAGUGGGCCUCAAAGUCACAGCCAGACUCCAGAUGAUUGCUGUUUCCCUGGGGAUCAUGUCAGUGCUUCCUCAAAACUAAAUUAUCUUAUCGGAGAAUACAUUUGGGAAAUGUAUUUCUCCAGAAUGUGUAAGCCAAUUCUUUCUAGUGGUUCUUAGAGACUUUAUACCUCCAUUAACUCACAUAACAUGUUUGGGAAUCUCUCCCUUUAGCCUAUGCUCCCUCUCCACAAUUUAUUUCCUAUCCUCUCUAAGGGUUAAAGAGUAGUAAGUGCUUAGUGUGAUAUGGAGAUGAAAGGGGAAGGCAUGAAGAUGAGCUGCUUACUUACCCUUUGGGGGUUUUGACCCCAUAUUUAGAAACAAAGCAAGGAGUGAGGAAUAAAGGAAGCGCAGUAAACACUUUAUUGCUAAUGUGCAUUAGCAAAGUCUGUACCUAAAAGACAGCCCAGAUUUUCAACUUCCAGCAUUUUAUUUUAUUUUUUUAGCAUCUUGCCAAAGCUUAAUAUACAGUUCUCUUAGGGUCUUCUCUUAGGAAUCCCACUUUGGAGAUUCCUCCUGGGGCUAAGAACCCAAUGGACUCUUGUAGAAGCACCGGUGGUCAUAGAAUGAGUUUUAGGGCUCUCCCUAGGGGGCCUGGACCAUGAGGAACAAAUCCUCCUCCCACCCCUUACCCUCCCCUGACCCGCCCUCAUAACCAGUUGCCUGUUCUCCAUAACGGUCUACUCUGGGGUGUGGUACUUGGGCCUGGGCGCCCUGGGGAGGGGACCCAAGAGCCCCUCCAAUGAAGCCGUGGUAGGUCCAACAGACCCUGGUAAGCCCUGGCAAGCCCUGCUAAUUCUGGCAGCUAAGGAAGAACUCACCUCCUUCCCCCAAACCCAAACCCACCCUCCUCCCUCCUAGUUGCAUCAGUCAGUCCCCUCCAGGAUCCUGUUCUCAGUCCUGGGACCUCCUGUCGUCGGGAUAAAAUGGGCCUUGGGCCCCUGAGGGUGCAGGCCCGGGGUUCCCCGAUGCAUUUCGGAGCAGACCUUGCAGAGCCUGGAGGCUCCCUGCACGGGGGCCUGCUGCUUCCGGCAGCCGAGUCCCUUCCCGGCUCCGAGGGCGGAAGAACAGCAGGAAGGCGGUCUGUACUUGACCGCCAUCUCGCUCUCUCCAAGCCGCCUCUUUCUCGGGUCACUCCCCGGGCCCGGUCCGAGGGCCCGCGCCCCUUCCCUUCCUGCGAUCACCAGGCCGGGGUUCCGCGGAGUCCGGGCGGGCGGAGCGCUCAUCCCGCGCGCUCCCUGCCUCCCAGCAGCCCCCGCGCGCGAGGCGGCGGCCGAGGCUGCAACCUCUACAGGCGGCCGCGGGGUGGCGCUGCCGCCGGGUCGGUGAGGAGGCAGAGCGGCCCUCCCCCCUUUCUAUCCCCGCCCGCCCCCGUCCUUCCCACCCACCUCCGGCCCUGGCCUAGGGAGGGUGUUUCAGCUCCGCGGCCAGGAGGCUGCAGCCGUUGCCUUUGGCUUCCCGCGAGGCUUCCUUCCUCCCGCUGCGGAGCCAGCGUCUCACACCGGCGCCCACGGCGAGAGAUAGAACAGACCAUGAAACCAGACAGAAGUUGGUGACUGGAGGAGGCCUGUAAAAGAAAAUGACAAAGAAGAAACGCCAUUCAGAAGCCAGAGGGAUCUGACUGAGUUAUGUGGAAGACAAGGCUGGCUGAGACCUGCUAUGCCUGUCCCCAGUGGAGACACUGAUCAUUUCAGGGGCAGGAAGGAGCUGGAGGUGGCUCCAGCUGGGCUACAUGGCGUACGGACAAGGGGCAGGCUCCUCAUAAGACCUGAACUGCCAGGGCCCUGUCAGUGGACAGAGACAACUGCUAUUUCUAUAUAAUGCUUGAAAUGAAUUUGGAUUGAAGAUAAACAUUCCCCCCCCCCCCGCCCCCAAGGAGUUUUUCUUCUGGAGCUCACAAUCCCUUCACCUCAAAAGAUAUAGACAUUUGGGAAUUUAUGUGCAAUCCACAAAAUCCCCAGCCGCCAACCUACCAUGUGAGUUCCUUCAAGUAAGAACUGUAUUCCAAAACCUGUGGCAGUAGAUAGGAGGAACUCUAUAUAUUGCUGAUUCGAUUGUCUGGGAAAGAGAGGGAGAGAAAAGGGAGGCAGAGAGAGAAAGAAAGAGAAAAUACAGGAGAGAAAAGAAAGAAGGAAAUAAACAGGAAGGGAAGGAGAGGGGAGGGGAGGGGAUACAAUGAUGUUCUAUAAGGAGAAUAGUGAAGUUUUGAAUCAAGGGUGGAAAGGCCUGUUCAUAGGUUUGUCCUGUCCGGGCCAUGAAUCCCCUGAAACAGACCUCAGUCCUGUAGGAGAAAAGGAAGCGUCUUUUGUGCCCGUCAGUUCCUAUCGUUCUCACUCACCAAGCACUUGAAGUUCCAACUCAGGGCUGUGCUUGAUGACAUUUCCAUCUUCUGUGGCAGCCUCACACCAGUAGGACCCGGCAUCUUCUCUGUUCGCAGUUAGUAUCUGGUAGUCAGAAGACGUGGUCUUGUCCACCAAGGUCUUAUUUGCCAUGUAGAAGGAGAAAUAGAGCUGCACCAGAGGGCUGUGUGGGAGCACCCUUGUUUCACAGCUCAGGCUGACUGAAUCUCCCUCUAGGAGGGGGGAUGAAGACGAUGCUCUCAGCACGGGGGCUGGAAAUAGCUCUAAAGAAAAUGUUGACAGUUACCUGACUCGGACUCAAGGUUCUUUUUGCAGAAGAUACACCCCCUCCUUUGGGAACCAGUCCCUGGAGAGUGCAUCCAUCAAACAUAAUUUUUCCCACUCCCAGCAGAGAGGCAUUUUUGGGGUUUCCUCAUAGAUAUAGCGACCAGCUUGCUCACAUCCUACUGGGGAAAAUCCUCCACAUGAUUCAUGCUUCCCUGACUGUUACUUAUUGUGGACACACCCACACACUAGCCAGUUCAGUGUCUCAAAUGAUCAUGUAGACCAGUGGUCGGCAAACUGCGGCCCCUUGAGUGUGGCUCUUCCACAAAAUUCCAUGGGCAGGCGCGCACGUACAGUGCGAGUGAAACUUCGUGGCCACACUGAAGGGGCCAAAGAGCCGCAUGUGGCUUGCGAGCCGCGGUUUGCCGACCACGGAGGACAAUAAUUUCUUGCCCUUUUUUUUUUUUUUUUCUCAGACAGUGGUUAUGAGUACUGAGAUGAAAGGCCGUUAAAGAGUCACAACAAAGGCCACAGGUAACUGGAACAGGAAGCUAAUUAGUUAGCAGAGGUUCAGAAAGAAGUGGAACCAGAGAGGCCGUUUUCCCUGAGAGAGAGAUGGAACGUAUAACUAAGUCCCAAUGUCUUCCUGGCCUCUGUUUCUUAUGGAGCUUUUAUGAGAUUCCAUGGGUGAUUUUCUAAUAACUCUCUACCUACCUUGAGUGAGUCUCUAUUCCUUACAACUAAAAUAAAAUUGAUGAAAUGG